AGUGAAAGACGUGAGCCUGAUACCGACAGAGUGAGAAAAAGUCAUCAAGCAAUUUUCACAAGUUUUUUUUUUCCACAAAUUUAAUUUUGACUGAAAAAAAAGAACUGUCCGCAAAGUCCAAAGACAUUUCCUUCCGUUUUUUUGGUUGGUGCUUUCCUCGGGAAAAGGGACUUUGUAUUUUGGGAAAGCUAUAGGAAGUGUGAGUGAAAAAGCGCGCCAAAAAUUGUGGACUAGUCCAAGGAGGAAAGCAAGAGGAGGAAGAGAGAGAUACGGAUGAGAGGAAAAACAUAGAGAGAGAUUUUCCCGGUUGUAUUUACUGAAGCCGGUUGCUGUUUGAAUUGACUGAUAAAAAGCAAACAGCCAGAGGAGGUAUCGCGUAGAAAUCCUGCGAUAGAGAACAAUAGGAGGAAGAGCGGACCAGUAGAUGCUGAAAAUGCAUUUUCCACUGUGGAUUCUGCCUAUGGCACUGCUCUGCUGGACAGAAAUUCAAGGCAUUCAAGGAGCAGCCACCACAUCACGCGAUCGCGCGGAAAAAGUGGAUGAAACAUCAAAUAUUGAGGAGAAUUUCAUCGCUCUGCUCCCAGAUCGUCCGGUAGAUGUGGUGAAUGAUGAAAUGCGAAGUAAUGAGAUUUCCAUCAAUCCAAUCGCAACAUUAGUACUUCAGUCAGAAUAUCCCGCGCAGGAGACCAGAGAACGUGAUUAUACGGGGAAUGUAUCGAAAUCCAGCAAAACACCAAAAUCCCUUACCAGUCAAGAAGUGGAAGAGAAGUGGUCAACCAGUGGAAAAGGUCGAGGAUGGGGAAAUUUGGAAAAGCAGCGGUAUUAUUCGAAAACUGCUGGACAUCACACAAGGAAACAUAGGCAUCAUCACCAUCGAGACCAUGGGCAUUACAUGCUCCGGAAUAAUGCGAUUAAGAAGAAAUCCAAAGCACAAGGACGCAUUGACUAUUACGACAAAGAUUCCAACGCCGGACGUCGGGACAACUGGUCCAACUUCAUUCGCUUGCAGAAUCAAUUGGAACGAGACAAAGAGGAAGAUAUUCCACCUUAUAUGAAGAAAAUCAAUCGACGCACAAAACAACUCAGGAUUCUGAUGGAGGGAACGGGGACUGUACCACCGCGGCGGCAUAGGAUUCCAGUUUCUUCGGUCAGAGAACCCAAAUGGUUGGAUGAGAAUGUCUUUGAUGAGCAACGCCCAAAUGCAAAGAAGAUUUCUGUGAAAAAAUCUGAGAAAUCAGGAAUUAAUUCUCUGCCAGAUGAGGAAUCAUCCGAGGUGGCUGCAGACUCUCCAUCUGUCUUCAAAAGUGCCACCAGGGCAGGUAACUUCAUCUAUCACCGAAUUCCUUCAGCAAAGCCCAAUACUGGCCCAACUUUUGGUAGGGUGGUGCGGAAGCAGGGUCUUCCCUUUGUCGCAAUCACAGAUCGCCGGACAAAACUUCAUCCCUAAGCAUCUAAUACUCUUAGCGACAUGUAAUUUAGUGUAGAAUCCAAUGCCUUAUAUUUGAAACAAAAUAACAUUUACUUGAAACUAUGUAAAAUCUAUCACAAAUCUCACGUGACUUAAGGCGAUGUAGAUUAAUACAGAGAAACAUAACAUAUCUCUCAUGAAUUUUCUUCUCUGAAUAGGCAAACAAGGUAUAUAAGUUUUAAGAAGUUUAUAGGAUCUAAAGAACAAACUAUUAGGGAUGUGCCGUUUUCUCCUGGUGCUACAUUUAGAAUUGAAGUUGAUUUUCAUGUUAGAGUUACUAUUUGAGUUUAAUUGCAUAAUUUCAAGCAUGAACACUCAUAUAAUUUUUGAAAUUUUAAGAAAUAAAUAGAGCUUCCAAAAGAUAAACUUCAAAUAAAGAAAAUUGUGUUAUAUACUUUCGAGAAUGUUAAUUACAACAUGUUAGCUGUCAUAUACGCUAACGCUAGAAGUGCUAGAACGGUUUGUCUAAUAUAAAUUUCUAUUAAAUAAAAAAUUAAAAAAAGAUAGAGGUAAAUAAAAAAAAACUUCCCAAUUUCCGGACUGGGCCUAGAUAUUUUUCUGCUCUAAAAUGCUUUUAUGACCGCCCACAUAACGAGUUUUCUGAUCAUAUAACAGUUGAUUAACAAAAUAAAAUAUAAAUUGAUCGUACCCUUAAUAAUAUUCGUGAAAAGCAAUACUUUGUGCAAUCGACAAAAUGAAUUUCUCUGAAUCAGUCAGGCGUUUUUCGACGAAAAUUCGUUACAUUUUCGAAUUACUCAGAAAAUUGUCUUUAAAAAAGUGUGCAAUUUUUUCAACAAAUGGCAUGUACUACAAUGUCAAAAUAUGUUUAAUUUUUAAAAUUAAAAGAUCUCAGUGAAA